AUUGUGUAUUCUCCUAGCUAGUUCUUUCCCCACACUUCUUGCCUUUCAGUUAACUAUAGUCAGAUGAGUAGAAGAAUGGAAGAUCAAAUACAUUUGGCACUCGGCAUAGCAGGCAAUGUCACUUCUGUGCUCCUUUAUUCAGCUCCAAUUUUAACUUUUAAAAGGAUCAUACAAAAGCGAAGCACGGAGGAAUUUUCCGGUGUCCCGUACAUUGUUUUUCUUUUAUCAGCUCUACUGUACUUUUGGUAUGGAUUGCCUGUUGUGAGUUACAAGUGGGAAAAUAUCACCGUAGUCACUAUAUGUGGUGCAGGGGUAAUUUUUGAGUCUGCCUACGUUCUCAUUUAUAUUUGGUUCGCUUCUGCAAAUAGAAAGAGAAUAUUGGCUAUUUUGAUGGUGGUGGCUGUGAUAAUGGUCGUCUCCAUCACUACAUUAGUCUCGACAUUUGCUUUGCAUGAUCACCAUCACCGGAAGCUUUUUGUAGGGAGCAUCGGGAUCGUGUUUACUGUAGGGAUGUAUGCUUCUCCAUUGGUUGUUGUGAAGCGAGUAAUACAGACAAAAAGCGUGGAGUUCAUGCCAUUCUACUUAUCCUUGUUUUCAUUCCUCAACACUUUACUCUGGGGGCUAUAUGGACUAUUGGCCCAUGAUCCUUUCAUUGGGCUCCCCAGUGUCUUGGGUUGUCCCCUAAGUUUCCUCCAACUUAUGUUAUACUACAUCUACCGGAAUCGUGAAAUUCGCGAAAAAAAUGAUACAGAUCUAGAGAAUAAUGGCAGGAAAAAUGAAUUUCAGCUACCGUAGACUAACAGAGAAUUACAAUCUUAUCCAGGUGAAAAUAAAAAGGCCAAUGAGAGCAACUGAAGAGGAGAAGGGCUUAAGGUUUUAGUAUAUUUAAAAUUUUGAAGUAUAAAAUAACAGUGUUAUGAAUGUCAUGUUAGUUUUACCCAAAAAAAAAAUAAAAAAUAUGAAUGUAAUGUUAGUUCCAAAAGAAAAUUCUGUUUGUCUCUUUCUUUCUUU